AAAAGAAACUUGUUCCGCUAAGCUGAGUCUCAGACAGACUUCACAACUUCCUUCCUGCGUUUUCUUCUUACUGCACUAAAGCGAAGAAGCCUUGUGUACGAGGAACUCUGUAAAAGUAUUCAAGCUCAAGAAAGUGACAGCAGCAGCAGGGCAACAACAACAGUGUCUCUGCCAGAGCUGCAGCAUCGCAUCCGACAGGAGGAAACGGGGGCGGGAGAGGAGGAGGAGUGAAUCUACACACUGAUAGUACUUGUCUCGUCCAUGUUGGAGGGGGGACCAGUAAGGGGGCUGCCGCUUUUUGCAGAAUGGGACCCUCUCCAGCUCGGGGGCCAGCUGCGUUGGUACAGCAGGUAGAGCAGCCGGUGGUGGAGAGGCUGGCUUGGACUUACUAGUGCUGACAGGAGCGUCAGCUAUUUUGUUUAUGGAGGUUUGCUUGGAGCUAUUUUCAGUUUGCUGUCUCCUCCCUACCACAUCUGCAAAGAUAAUGAAUCUCUUGCCUAAGGAACUACUCCAGGAUCAAGGCUGACGAAUAGGGCCUUGCAAACGGCAUCAGCAUAAUACUAUGGCUUUAUAUGCUCUAAGUACUCUAAUUACAAUGAGUAGUAGCAACGGGAAGAAUAGCAGCACACCACGGACAGGGAGACCAGUGCUGCCUGUGCCAGAUAGACGAACCUCAUACUGCGGCACGUUAAUUGGCGGAGGGUUACACAGUCCAGGAUGCAUUAGUCCAUCUCUGUCCAGCACUUCAUUUCUUUAUCCUAGCACUAUAGAGAAAGAUUAUCUGAAGAGUUCUAGGGAAGGAAUGGAUACCUUAAACAUAAGCAGAGUUUCUCGACUGAGAAGAUUCAGCAGCCCAAACAGGUUGGGUGCUGAGAAAGAGGAGGGACCUCCAUCAAGUCCCCGUGGGGAAAGACAUUCAGUUUGCAGUGAAUUUAAAGGAAGAAUACCCUUGCCUGACUGGGAGAACAAGGGAUGGUACACUACAGAGCUAGAGAGGAGGUUAGGAUUUUCUGAAGUGAAAAGGUUGGGUCAGAACACACAGAUACCCCGGGAGUUGCAAAAUGUUGAAGUGAAUAAAAAAGUGAAUCUUUUUGAAGCUCAUAUCUCUGACCUCAGAAAUCAAGUGCAGAACUCUGAAAUACCUAGGAGUCCCAGGCUGGGACGGAGAUCCCCUCUUCCUUUUGAUCCAUCACAGAGUUUACAGAUGCCCAGAAAUGAAAAAAAUGAUUCAGGACUUGAAAAAAUCUCAGACCUGACAAAUCAGGUGCAAGGUUAUGAACUACACACAAGUCUGUGGCUUGGUAGGAAGUCACCAGUUCCUGUAGAGAUGUACAAGGACUUACAAAACACCAAGAUUGGGAGAAGGUUGUCAUGUUGUGAAAUGGAAACCUCUGACUUCAGAAAGCAGCUGCAGGAUUCUGAGAAGCCUAGAAGCCCAAAGCUUGACAGGAAAUUGCUUGCUCCAUUUGAAAAAUGUAAAGAGUUACAAAACACUGCAGGCAUUAAGAGGUCACCAACAUCUGAGGAAGCAAUCUCAAGCCAAAGAAAUCUGUUGUUGAGCUUAGAAAUACCUAGGAGUCCAAAGCUUAUCAGGAAGCCAGGUAUUCCUUUUGAACUGUAUUGUGAAGGUGAGCAGGGAUCGGGUAUUGAUAAACAGCUGAAUCCCCAGAUAUGUGCAGAACUGCACAAUGGCAAAAGGGAUAGACUUCAAGAUACAGAUUUCAGUCAAGAGACAUUUGGAGUAAAGAGUGCAAGAUUAUACUGCAGCCCAGUUACAGAGCAGUCCUCCUGGGAGAAGAGAGAGGAUGAGAGCUUCUGCACUAUCUCCUCCAUUGGCUUUGACACCUGCAACACUAAAUCAACAUGCACAGGUUUAGAUGAGAGUAAGAAGCCAAGCUCUCUGGACUGUCUCAGGCAUGUUGUGAAGAAUGCAGUAACAGGAGGGACAAAGAUUGCUUGCACAGAACAUUUACAUUUACAGCAGGGUGCGCAAGGUUUGGAGCCACUGCAGAGUUUGCCAUCUCCACCAGGUGGUGGUACCACCAUCCCUAGUGUAAUAGUCACUGACCAUGGUGCAGCAGCCCCAGAGGUGGAAGAGGAGGAGGAUUUGGCUUUUCGCAAUCCUUCGCUGAGAAAACUUUCCUCUUCUUCUGCCUCCUCGGCUGGUUUUUCCUCAUCUUGGGACGAAUCUGAGGAGGACCUCUACAGUGAUACAGACCGACCUUCUGAGCAGCAAUCUUCUUUUCUCCAGACCGAGAACAACCAGGGCAAACCACGAGUGAGCAAAUCCUGGAGAAAAAUUAGAAACAUGGUACAGUGGUCCCCUUUUCUGCUGUCCUUCAGGAAGAAAUACCCAUGGAUUCAGCUGGCUGGGCAUACAGGUAGCUUUAUGGCAGGUGCCUAUGGGAGGUUACUGAAGAAGCAUUGUGACAUAGAGCAACGCUGCCUAAACCUUCUCAUGAAUGAUGUGUUGAAGCCAUUUGUUCCCGCUUACUUUGGAGAUGUAGAGAAGGACGGCGAGAAGUAUAAUCAGAUGGAAGACUUACUAGCAACAUUCGAUAUGCCCUGCGUCAUGGACUGCAAAAUGGGAGUCAGGACUUACUUGGAAGAGGAACUGACAAAGGCCAGGAAGAAGCCAUGUUUGAGAAAGGACAUGUAUGUGAAGAUGAUUGAGGUAGAUCCUGAUGCUCCAACAGAGGAGGAGAAUGAUCAACGAGCCGUGACCAAACCUCGAUACAUGCAAUGGAGGGAGACAAUCAGCUCCACUGCAACACUUGGCUUCAGAAUUGAGGGAAUUAAGAAGGAGGAUGGGACGAUCAACAGAGACUUCAAGAAGACAAAAACCAAGGAGCAAAUCAAGGAGGCAUUUCAAGAAUUUAUUAAAGGAAACAGAAACAUCCUGAUGCUGUACCUUCAUCGAUUAAAGGAUAUACGAGCAACUCUGGUUAUUUCCCCAUUCUUCAAAUCUCAUGAGGUAAUUGGAAGUUCUCUCCUAUUUGUUCAUGACAGAAGAGAGCAAGCCAAAGUGUGGAUGAUUGACUUUGGCAAAACAACACCCUUACCUGAGGGACAAUUCCUGAGUCACUCCAUUCCUUGGGUGGAGGGGAACCGUGAAGAUGGCUACCUCUGGGGAAUGGAUAACCUUAUUUCCAUCCUUGAAGAAAUGUCUGAAGCAGAAUUUUGCUGAGCUUCCCACAGCCUGAAAUGGUUGUGAGAUUUACACUUAAAAAACUGCACUACAAGACCUCCAAACCAAAUCUUAAAUUCUAUUCUGGUGGUGGUAACCUUUGGGGGUCUAGAUUCCAUAUAUUCUUACUGAGAAAGAAUUAGCACUCAGUCAUUUGAAAGUUCCUACCUUUCCAGUUGUACCUCAGAACUGCAUUGAGCUGCCGAUCUAGGCUUGUGAAUUUUAAGCUUUUUUUGUUCUUUUAAAAUUGUUUUAAGAAAGGAUUUUAUAUGAUUUUAAAAUGUUCAGAUCUCUGUGUAAAUAAUGCACCCUGGUACAAAGAAAAACAAAGAAAACUGAAUAAUGUCAUAUGCUCCUUCUUUCUUGACUUCAACAUGGGAUACUCUGUCCUAAACCUGCUGUUGCUGCUUUGAGAGACAACUUAAUUAGAGUUGCUUUCUUCUGCCUUUAUUAUAACAACUUUGUUUUACUCUUUUGGCAGAUUAGUAUCCAAUCUGCCCAGAAUACAUAUUAUAUUUACUAGAACAAAAGCAGUCAUAAAAGUUAAAUCUACAGCAACCCAAAUUUUACCAAAACAUUUUCUAACCAGUAUGGAAGGAUCAUUUUCUGAGAGCUGUAAAAUCAGUUGUCCUCUACUUUAAAACAAAUACACACCUUCAUAAUUU